CCCUUCCCUAGAUAAGCAGCUCAAGGAAACAAAGAAUCUGGGAUCUCCAGACACCAACGCUGGAAGCAAGCACUGGGCAAGCAGCAUCCUUUUCCGGGGACCAGGGCUCUCAGCUCUCCAUCCCCUCCCCAACCUCCCCCGCCUCCUGCGCUCUCUCGCUGCGCCCUCCCCACUAGCUUCCUCCCCCACCAUCGCAGCGCUGGGAGGAAGGCGGCCGGGGCUCAAGAUGGCUUUAGCCGGGCUCUGCGCCCUAUUCGCCUGCUGCUGGGGGCCGGCCGUGGUGCUGGCCACGGCCGCCGGCGACGUGGAUCCCUCCAAAGAGCUGGAGUGCAAGCUCAAAAGCAUCACGGUGUCGGCGCUGCCCUUCCUGCGUGAGAACGACCUGAGCAUCAUGCACAGCCCCUCGGCCUCCGAGCCCAAGCUCCUCUUCUCCGUGCGCAAUGACUUCCCGGGAGAAAUGGUCGUAGUGGACGAUCUGGAGAAUACAGAGCUGCCCUACUUCGUGCUGGAGAUCUCAGGGAACACUGAAGACAUCCCUUUGGUGCGCUGGAGGCAGCAGUGGCUGGAGAAUGGUACUUUGCUUUUUCACAUCCAUCAUCAAGAUGGUGCCCCAAGCAUCCCUGGGCAAGAUCCAACUGAAGAACCACAGCAUGAGUCAGCAGAAGAGGAGCUGAGAAUUCUCCAUAUCUCAGUCAUGGGUGGCAUGAUCGCUCUCCUGCUCUCCAUCUUAUGUCUGGUGAUGAUCCUGUACACUCGCCGGCGCUGGUGCAAACGCCGCCGGGUCCCCCAGCCCCAGAAGAGUGCCAGCGCCGAGGCAGCCAACGAGAUUCACUACAUCCCUUCAGUGUUGAUUGGGGGCCAUGGUCGAGAGAGUCUGCGCAAUGCUCGAGUGCAGGGCCACAACUCCAGUGGCACCUUGAGCAUUCGGGAGACACCCAUCCUGGAUGGCUAUGAGUACGACAUCACGGACCUGCGCCACCACCUUCAGAGGGAGUGCAUGAAUGGAGGGGAGGACUUCGCCAGCCAGGUCACCCGCACCCUUGACUCGCUGCAAGGCUGCAAUGAGAAGGCAGGGAUGGACCUCACUCCAGGAAGUGACAAUGCCAAACUCUCGCUGAUGAACAAGUAUAAAGAUAACAUCAUUGCCACCAGCCCCGUGGACUCCAACCACCAGCAGGCCACCCUGCUGUCCCACACCUCCAGUAGCCAGAGAAAGCGGAUCAACAACAAAGCAAGAGCUGGUUCUGCAUUUUUGAACCCUGAAGGGGAUUCUGGCACAGAGGCAGAAAAUGACCCUCAGCUCACGUUUUACACAGACCCCUCCCGGAGCCGGAGGCGCAGUCGAGUGGGUUCUCCCCGAAGUCCAGUGAAUAAGACUACCUUGACUCUGAUCAGCAUCACCAGCUGUGUGAUUGGCCUUGUGUGCUCCUCUCAUGUCAGCUGCCCGCUUGUCGUCAAAAUCACCCUGCAUGUCCCUGAGCACCUGAUCGCUGAUGGGAGCCGCUUCAUCUUGCUGGAAGGGAGCCAGUUGGAUGCUAGUGACUGGCUGAACCCUGCCCAAGUAGUUCUCUUCUCUCAGCAGAAUUCUAGUGGGCCCUGGGCCAUGGACCUCUGUGCCCGGCGGCUUCUAGACCCCUGCGAACACCAAUGUGACCCCGAAACUGGGGAAUGCCUCUGCUAUGAAGGUUACAUGAAGGACCCAGUGCAUAAGCACCUUUGCAUUCGGAAUGAAUGGGGGACAAACCAGGGACCUUGGCCUUACACAAUAUUUCAGCGUGGCUUUGACCUGGUUUUGGGAGAGCAGCCCUCAGAUAAAAUAUUUAGAUUCACCUACACCCUUGGGGAGGGUAUGUGGCUACCCCUCAGCAAGAGCUUUGUGAUUCCACCAGCAGAACUGGCCAUCAAUCCAUCAGCAAAGUGUAAGACAGACAUGACUGUGAUGGAGGAUGCUGUGGAGGUCAGAGAGGAGCUGAUGACAUCCUCCUCCUUUGACAGCCUGGAGGUUCUCCUAGAUUCCUUUGGACCUGUGCGUGACUGCAGCAAACAUAAUGGCGGCUGCAGUAAGAAUUUCCGCUGCAUUUCCGAUCGCAAGUUGGACUCCACGGGCUGUGUGUGCCCGUCUGGACUCAGUCCCAUGAAGGACAGCUCAGGCUGCUAUGACCGCCACAUCGGAGUGGACUGUUCAGAUGGCUUCAAUGGAGGCUGUGAACAGCUGUGUCUCCAGCAGACGGCACCCUUUCCAGAUGACCCUGCAUUGUACAACAUUCUUAUGUUCUGUGGGUGCAUUGAGGACUACAAGCUUGGUGUGGAUGGGCGUUCUUGCCAGCUUGUCACAGAGACCUGCCCAGAUGGAAGUGACUGUGGCGAGAGCAGGGAGCUUCCCAUGAACCAGACUCUCUUUGGGGAGAUGUUCUUUGGUUACAACAACCAAACCAAGGAAGUAGCUGCUGGACAGGUGCUGAAAGGAACCUUCAGGCAAAACAACUUUGCUCGUGGUUUAGACCAGCAGCUACCUGAUGGGCUGGUGGUGGCCACUGUCCCGCUGGAGAAUCAGUGCCUAGAGGAGAUUUCAGAGCCCACCCCUGACCCUGACUUCCUCACUGGGAUGGUGAACUUCAGUGAAGUGUCCGGAUACCCUGUGCUACAGCACUGGAAGGUCCGGUCUGUGAUGUACCACAUCAAACUCAACCAAGCAGUCGUAUCUCAGGCCUUCAGCAAUGCUCUCCACUCCCUGGAUGGGGCUACAUCUCGUGCAGACUUUGUAGCCUUGUUGGAUCAGUUUGGCAACCAUUACAUCCAGGAAGCUGUCUAUGGCUUUGAGGAGUCCUGUUCGAUCUGGUACCCAAACAAGCAAGUCCAGCGGCGACUUUGGAUGGAGUAUGAAGACAUCAGUAAGGGCAACUCCCCAUCGGAUGAAUCCGAGGAGCGGGAAAGAGACCCCAAGGUGCUGACAUUCCCAGAAUACAUCGCUAGCCUGUCCGACUCCGGCACCAAGCGCAUGGCAGCUGGAGUCCGAAUGGAGUGCCAGAGCAAGGGGCGCUGCCCCUCCUCCUGCCCCCUGUGUCACGUGACGUCCAGCCCUGACACGCCUGCUGAGCCAGUCCUACUGGAGGUGACCCGAGCAGCCCCCGUCUAUGACCUGGUGACCAAUAACCAGACCCAGAGGCUCUUACAAGAGGCUACCAUGAGCUCUCUGUGGUGCUCGGGGACUGGAGACGUCAUUGAGGACUGGUGUCGCUGUGACUCCACUGCCUUCGGAGCGGAUGGACUCCCCACCUGUGCACCUCUCCCACAGCCUGUGCUAAGACUCUCCACGGUAUAUGAGCCCAGCAGCACCCUCGUGGUCCUGGAAUGGGAGCACUCUGAGCCUCCUAUUGGGGUGCAGAUUGUGGAUUACCUCAUCCGGCAAGAGAAAGUCACCGACAGGAUGGACCACUCCAAAGUGGAGACAGAAACGGUGCUGAGCUUUGUGGACGACAUCAUCUCUGGAGCAAAGGCCCCCUGUGCCAUGCCAUCACAGGUACCAGACAAGCAGCUCACCACCAUCUCUCUCAUCAUUCGAUGCCUGGAACCAGACACCAUUUACAUGUUCACCUUAUGGGGAGUGGACAACACAGGACGACGCUCCAGGCCCAGUGAUGUGAUCGUGAAGACGCCAUGUCCUGUCGUGGAUGAUGUCAAAGCUCAAGAAAUAGCAGACAAAAUCUACAAUCUCUUCAAUGGUUAUACCAGUGGGAAGGAGCAACAGACUGCCUAUAACACCCUUCUGGAUCUGGGUUCCCCCACCUUACAUCGAGUCCUCUACCACUAUAACCAGCAUUAUGAGAGCUUUGGAGAAUUCACUUGGAGGUGUGAAGAUGAAUUAGGCCCAAGGAAAGCUGGCCUCAUCCUUUCUCAGCUUGGGGAUCUCAGCAACUGGUGCAAUGGACUCCUUCAGGAACCCAAGAUAAGCUUGAGGCGCAGCGCUCUCAAGUACAUGGGCUGCCGCUACAGUGAAAUUAAGCCCUACGGACUUGACUGGUCAGAGCUCAGCCGGGACCUCAGGAAGACAUGUGAGGAGCAGACCCUGAGUGUCCCCUACAAUGACUACGGGGACAGCAAAGAGAUCUAGCACCAGGAGGCUAGGCGGUAGCUGCCAAAAUCAAGCAGAAGUAAAGAGGGGGACAUCUGGGGUGAUUUGUGGAUUUUUAACAUUUUUAAUGGAACAUUCAAAGCUCCACAGGCACCAUCUAAACCAGGGAGAAAACAUGAUUUUUCUCCCAGAAGAACUUCUUCCAUAUGCUAUUCUCCUUCUGCAUGAUCAGUGAACUCACCAGUUUCAUGCAGUGCCAUUUUUCCUUAGAGGAUUACUUUUGGGACUCAUUUUGCUAUUAAUUUGUUUCAUUCAUUUUUUCCCCAAGAGGUUCAUCAAGAUGUGCAAGAGUUCCAUUAUGCUCUCCAUGAAAGGUCUACAGCUUGAGGCACCUGUGGUGUGCUUAGUAAAUUCCCAAGUCCAGUGUAUGUGGGGACAGUGGUGAAGCCAAGACACGGCACCUGCCUCUUGCCCCACCUCAGGUGUUCAUUAGGAGACAUCUCACUCUGGAAGCCUGAGCUAAGUUCACAGAGAAAAGCAAGGUGAACAUUGCUCCCUGUCUAUGCCUCAUGGUUUUCCUCCCAGGCCUUCUUAUUGCUAUCUAUCUGCCCACCUCACAGGUGAACUUAGCUUCCGUUAUCUGCCCAGUGUGUUCUCUGGGUUUUUAGUCCUGCACUAUUUUAAGGCAGGCCUGGAAUUAAGUCCCCCUGGGAUAGAUCUCUGCCCUCUCCUCUGGACUGCAUGAUCUUCUAGAGGCAACAAGACACUGCCAGUCAAAUGCACCUCCAGAGAAGUCUACCAGAGGAACUAGAUGGCAGCCCAUGUUCUAGAGAACCAGUGAUGAUGAUUGUUUAGAACAAAUUUUCAUGUCUCUUUGGGAUGAACCAGGCCAGCCAUCUAUAUCAAGGACUUUGAUUCUAUUUAGCCCUGAAUCUUUACUCUGGACAGAAGGGGCUUUGUUGAGAUCUGGUCAAGUCAAGGAGGGCAGAUGCUUCCUGUCAGUGUUUUAGUGAACUAAAGCUAUUACCAAUCUCAAAAGUACUUCUAAGCUGGGCACUUGUGGUUCACACUUGUAACCCUAGCUACUCAGGAGACUGAAAUCUGAAGACCCAGGUUUGAUGCCAGCCUGGGCAGACAAAUUUGAGAGACUCCUAUCUUCAACUAAUCAGCAAAAAGUGGCAAGUAGAGGAAGGUUUCAAACAGUAAGGUACCAGCCAAGGGAAAGCUCAAGGCCCCAAGUUCAAGCCCAGGUACUAACACACACACAUACACACAC